AAUCCCGUGUAAAGAUUGUGAUGCAGUGUAUAUAGGCGAAACAAAAAGAAAGUUUAAGCAACGAGUACAAGAACAUAUGCGCGCAGUGAGAAACGGAGAUGUGAAGAAAAACGAAAUUGCGGACCACAGCUGGAGCAGAAGUCAUCAGUUUAAUUGGGAUGAGAAGAAAAUCAUUGACGGAGAAUCCAGAACAACGGCCAGGAAUAUUAAAGAAACCAUCAAUAGUGUAGAACGUAACAAACACAUAAACAGCAUCUCGUGUCAACUUCCUGAGAUUUGGUUACCAGCCCUACAGAAGAAGUAGUUACCUACAUCCAGGUCCGAAAAUGUUAAUUACCGUAAUUAACUGUAAUUAUCAGCUCGUUUCUGAUUGGUUAAUUUUUAUGAAUUUCGAUCCUUUGCAAUUAUAUAAAUACAUGCGCAACAUCAUUUUACUUUGCCCGAUGAUGGGAGAAGGAUCUCCCGAAACGUCGCCUACUAAACUAUCAUGUUCAAGAAAUGAUAAACUUUCCACAGUAAAAUAGAGGGAGAUUGUUAAUCUUCCAUUCUAGGCGAUUACUAAUAAGAAUCAAUUGGUGGUGGGGUUUACUUGUGUUGAACCAAUCUUGCUGGACGUCACUUGAGAGGACAGUACGAAUAACACUUUUUAAAAUGUACGCGAACAAAAGGCAUUUGAUGUAACUUGCAAGGAACUAUUGUCGAAAAGGUAGAAAAGCAGCUACCUUUUUUGAGAAUUUAAAGUGAAAUUGUCAAAAACGACUAAUCUUGUUAUAAAGAAUGUUAUAAAUUGUAUCGUCCGCAAAACAAAUUUAAACAGAAAUGAAUACUUAUUGUUCUUUUGAUUGGGGCUAUAAUUUAACUUAUAAAUUGUGGGGUUAAAUAUUAAUAAAAGGAAAUAAAUUGAGAUUUAAAGAAAAAUUUGUAAUUUGAUUAUCAAAAUGUUCAACAAAAAAUGUAAAAAACAACAAUUUGAGUGUGGAGUGAAAUAAAAUUAGCAAUGAAGAUUUUUACCAGUUUAUAUAUAAUCGUAUCGUUUAUAAUACUAACAAACAAAAACGUCGUCUUCUCAAUGUUUAAUGUUGAAAAAUCUGUUGAAACACUCAGUAAUAAAUUAAGAGAUUUUGUAAGAGAAUCGACGUCCUACGAAAAGUUUCAGGAAAAAGUAACAACUUUACACAACGAUGGUAUCUUACAAGUUAAAACUUUAAAUGUUGCGGAAGUGAACCGAGAGUUUAAUAAUAACUUACGAAACUUGUUAGUAUCUCGUAUCAACUCAGUUAAAGCUAUCAAGAAGAAAGCGGAAUCACUUUAUAAUAACUACACAUACAACGAAAACAUUCAACCAUUUGAUUAUCGAAAUGAUAAGAAACUUCCAAAUACUUCUGUCAGAGAUGAACCGACGUACUCAAUUAUUAGAAAAGUGAAUUUGAACCAGAGUCAUGUCCAGUUUCCUACUAAUAUUUACGAAUAUGACAAAAAAAUAUUGAAUGAUGCAAAGUGGAGCGAAGGUUUAGAUAGCGUUUUUUUAAAAAACUUCAAACGAGAACCGUCAUUGUUGUGGCAAUAUGUUGGCACGAAUAAUGGAAUUUUUCGUUUAUUUCCUGGUACUAGACAAGAGGAUGUCGUUUUGGAUAAAUACGAUUGCAGACGGCGACUAUGGUACAGCCAAGCAAUAAAUUCUCCAAAGGAUGUUUUGAUUGCGCUUGAUCAAAGUGGUUCCAUGACUGGAAGUAAUUUUAACAUUGGAAAACUAACGGUAAAAUCUCUAAUAGACACUUUACAGCAAGAAGAUUUCUUCAAUGUAAUUACAUUUGGAGAUGAAACCAACUUUAUUAUUCCCUGCCUAACAACUUUAAGACAAGCCACAACAAGAAAAAAAGAUGCAAUAAAAACUGCAGUAGAUAAUUUGCCGUCACCAAAAGGAAUAUCGAACGUAAAGAUAAUGUUACAACGUGCGUUGAACAUUCUUCAACAAGAUAAAAGUAACUACCAAACAUCAUCAGGAUGCACGCGGGUGUUGUUGUUGGUUUCUGAUGGAAUUGAAGGGGAAAGCGAAGUUCAUAAGCUGUUAGACGCGCUCAACCAGCAAGCCGAAAUAGCAGUGUUUUCGUUCCAAAUUGGAAAAAAUCAACCAACCAAUCAAAUGAGAGAAAUGGCGUGCGAUCAUGGCGGAGAAUAUUAUGAAUUUCCAACUAUAGGCAAUGUGUGGAAUCGAGUUUUGAAAUAUCAAAAUGUCUUGAGUUAUCCUGUGGCUAAAUCCAAACAGGAAAUUGUUGUGUUUACUCCCUUGUAUUUGGAUGGUUCUGGCCUUGGUAUGAUGACAACAAUUGCUGUUGGCGCAUUCAGCGACAAAGGAAACACAUCAGAUAAUUCUUUAAUAGGCGUGGCUGGAAUAGACAUUACAACGACUAUUUUGCAGCAACAGGCUCCUGCUUACAAAUUGGGAAUAUUUGGUCACGCUUUUGCAAUUAACAACAAUGGUUUAUUUUUGAUACAUCCAAGGUUUCGUGAUCAAACAGGUCACCUUGCAGAUCCAGCGACUGUUUACUUGAAUGAGAUUGAACAUACAACAGAUCCAUCAAAAAGCAUGAAAAUUAUGAAAGAAAUGAUAGAUGAUAAAACAGGAUGUAUGGAUGCUGAACUUAAUUGGCUGUAUAUGAAUGAUAUCAAACGCAGUGUUAGACUGAACGCUACCUACUGCUAUCGUCCUGCAAAUGGCACGCCUUUUAGUACAGGAGUCAGCAUCCCUUUACAUAAUCAGAAGUAUUUAGAACCUUUAAUGAGCAAUAAGGAAGCGUAUCUUCAAAAUAGGUAUUUAAUUAACGGAACAAAACCCGGUGAAUCGCUUGAAAUAGCUAACUGGUUAUUUUGCAAUAUUCCAGCAAAUGCCCAGAAAUUCAAUCCUGCAUCUGUGAAACAGUACCCUACUGCAGAAGAACUAAGAUAUUUUCUGACAAACUCGCCAUCCAAAAUCUCAGAAAAAUGCGUCUCUGAUUUAGUAUGGAAUCUUAUUUUUACAAUGAAAAUGAUGACAGAUCUAACAAGCGCAUAUUGGACACCAGAUACGUUGGAGGACGAUAGAAUAGUUGCAUUAUAUAUCGUUACUGUUUCGGGACUUUUGAUGACUUACUCAAACGAGAGAAAUAUUUUAAUAUCACAGCUAAGUCGCACAAUACUUGAUGAUCUAACAUUUGCACAUCCGGGAUCAUUUUACAUGCGCGGUUUAGAUGACGUCAUCGUGUUUACCGUGCCUAUUAAAACUGGCGGACUUCCAAGGAAAACAAAUAAAAAGGUAGAACAUACGAAUACGGAAAUUUCUGUUGGAGUACCAAUAACAGUGUCUUCUGAUCGUGUGCUUGUUGGAAUUAUCGGAAUGGUUUUACCAUCACAGUACUUACAAAAUCUAUUGCUGAAUGUUUCCAAAGAGUUUACUUGCGAUUAUCCAUCUUGUGUAGCUUAUUCCUGUAAUGAUUUGGAUAAUUUAGAAUGUUAUUUACUUGACGAGCAUGGCUAUGUGGUAGCUAGUAAUAAAGGAGAAAUAGAGGUUGGAUAUUUUUUUGGAUAUGUGAAUGGAGCGUUAAUGAGAGCGUUUGAAGAAUUGUCAAUCUAUGAACGAAAAGAGUUCGCUGAUAAACAAGCUCAAUGCAAACAAGAAAUUAAGGAAGACUCCUCAACUUCCGAAGGAGCAAAACUAUCUUUGAUUUUUGAUAACAUUCUGACCAUACUUAAAUUUAUUGCUGCUUACUUGUCGUCUGUCUGCACAAUAUUUCUAACGUCACAGAUUGAUUUGUCGGUAGAACAGACGACAACAAUCGACACCAACGUUAGUUGCACCAAAAACUUAUCAAUUCAUACGAUUUCGAGCCACUACAUUAAUUAUGCAGGGAACUUUAGCUGCACUAAACAUUGCCAAGAGGAUUUUGUUAUUAAAGCUAUUCCAAAAACAAAUUUGGUCCUCGUUAUUUCACGCAAUAAAUGUAAUGGAGCCUGUUCAAAGUUUGUUCAUAGUAACGAACCUUAUAAAAUCGAAGAUCUUGGGAUAUGCGACGAAUCUCUCCCUUACAGAAAGGCGUUACCAACAUGUUACCAGCUCAAUAUUGGUAGCUAUAAAUGCAAAUCUGAUGGAAGGAUGCUCUUUACUGGAAUAAGUGUAUAUAUGGUAGCUGUCUUUGGUGGAUUUAUUCUAGCUUCCACUUAAAGUAGCAGAUGUUAAAAACAUUUCUCCUGCAAAGAAAGAUAAAAGUUAUUUUAAUUUUAUAGAAAAAAUCGAACAAAGAAAAAUAAAGAAAAAUAGAUACAAGCUCUAUGCAAAAUCAAGGACAGACAUUUUUAAAUUCUUUUUUAUCGGGCGGUUUUGAUAAUACUUUCAACAAAGGAAACCUUUCCAUAGAAGCUGUCAAUUCAAAACUGAAGUCAAGUAAUUAUUACUAAUAUCAUUACGGUCGUUUUUGCUACUAUAAAUUAUUACUGUCGUUUGCUGACACGGUUCAAUUUCGCUGUCACAUAGUAUAAGGAUAUCCGUUAAAAAAAAUUGGGAUCAGUAAAAUCAAUGCCCACAGGGUAUACUAUAUGAAACGCAUGUAUGCUGGCAUUGAAUUAAAAGUGACAUCAAAACAGCCCUAAUAUAAUGAUUGAAUUGUAAUUUUAGUUCAAUUAGUUAAGUAGUUAAGCUGAUUUUUCUACAUCACACUCACCCACCACAUCCACUGCACCCACCACAUCCACGACACCCACCACAUCCACCAAUGCCCCCAACCAUCCCCAUUCCCAUUCACUAUUAUAUUAUAUCAAAACUAAUUGCCUAAAAAUGUAUAUAUACUUUUUGAGAAAAGAUUGAUAGCACGUGUGAACUUGUGUGCUUUCUCGACUAGCUAUUUUAAACAUCAUUGGAUGAUUGGGAGUGCUUGCUACUACGACACAAAAGGUUAAACUUCGUAUUAUACUGCACAGCUAAAUAAAUUCUAGCUAGCUAAAGAAAAGGGAAAGAAAUCACAAUGCAUUUUUGUAGUGGCCGCUGUUAACCUAAAACUUACAACACUGUGUAUUAAUACUAAGUCACGUCACCAGCGAGUUUCCCAUAGCUUCAGCAGCAGGUCCAACCUCAUAUACUUGUCUUCAUUGGUUAUCAUCACACCUAUUCUGUUUUACUAAAAUAAUUUUUCAUUGGAACUCUUUUAAUAUGCGCUCACUAACCGAUCAUAAGACACGUAAAUUUCCACAUAAUUAUACUUAACAGUGGAAUUACUUAUACCAACACACUGGGGUAUUUUUCUGCCGUAUUUAAAGAUUUCACUUGCUAGCCCAAGGAAUAAUCCACGGGAAGUAGCCUGUUUAAAAAAUUUAGAGGAAUUUACUUGUUGCUACUCAAUAUACUUUAGAGAAUGAACAAGUGUUCAUUUAAGAUUGAGAGAUUUUCUAUCAGAUCUGCUGAUAGAAAGUCAAUGGGC